AUGGCACACAAAUUCCUCUUCAAGCCAACCUUCAUUUUCACUCUCACGAAACAAUUCACAGCAAAACCUCACCACCGCAUUCUUCAUAAUCAUCACAAUCUUCCAUUUUUCCACUCCAAACAAUCUUCUCCCUUUCUCAACCUCAACACUCACCCAAUUUCACUUCGCUCUACGACCACCACCGCCACCAUCACCACCGCCACCCCCAAUUACGGAGGUUACCUAGACCUAACAGACGAUGACCUAAUGAAACAGUGCGAAAUGGGCACAUUCAAAAGCUCUGGUCCCGGCGGUCAACACCGUAACAAACGCGAAUCCGCUGUUCGACUCAAACAUUUACCCACUGGUAUCAUCGCUCAGGCUUCUGAAGAUCGGUCUCAGCAUAUGAACCGUGCUUCUGCUCUUAAACGACUUCGCUCUCUCAUAGCUCUCAAAGAUGAUCGGAUCACACGCCAUCUGUCCUCUAGACCCAUGUGCUUCAACUGA